GGGAGAGAGAACAGCGGAAGAGUACGCGAACUACAUGGUGUGACCAAUAGGCGGAAGGAUUUUCGGCCUUAUACUGUAAAGGGGAAGUUUCCAACGCGUGGCAUCGCUGUGGAGCAAGGAAAGGGAACCGAAGGUGUUCUCGAUGCCAAACCAAAGAGGCGGGGCUUAGGGCCCAGAGGGGGCAAGAAGAAACUUACUUGGCCCAAAUACACAGCUAGCAGACAAGUGGUGAACCCUGGAUUAGGACCCAGAUCUGUGGUGGACUAGAACAUUGAUGGUGAACCUUUUAGAAGCGGAGUGCUGUGCUGUGCCUGUGCCUCUUCUUCCCCCCCCCCCCCAACUGAUUGUGUCUUCUUUGAACUUGGCCAAUGGAACCAUAUGCACACUUAGCCAGGAUUAAAUUAACUUGUAGUGGGAAAUGGAAUCAACCACUGUGGACCCAAGGAUAUUGUCUAUAGCUGCUGAGGUUACAGAAAGCCCUGAACAAAAUGUUCCUGUUAUAUUGUUGAAAUUAAAAGAAAUUAUAAACAGUGCCCCUUUGGGAAGCUCAGAAUUAAAAAAGAUUAAGCAGGACAUUUACUGCUAUAACCUCAUUCAAUAUUGCCUAUUGGUCCUUAGAAAAGAUGGUGCCAAAAUCCAAGGUGGUUGGGUGACUAUUUCCCAGCUUGCACAGAUAUUAAGCCAAUGCUGUGUGGGCUUGGAGCCAAAAGAAGAGGCAGAAGAAUUUUAUAAUAAAUUGCUUCCUUCAGCUGCAGACAAUUUCCUAACUUUAGGGAGGCGAUUGCAAAAAUGUUACAUCAGUGCAGUUAAGGAUGAAGAAAAAGAUGAAUUCUUGUGGCAUUUCCAAAGUGUGAUAGACUCUUUGUGCUGGUUACUAGGAGGGCAUAUUCAGCUCACUAAAUAUGUACUACAAAGUGAUCAUUUUUUACAUUUGUUGCAAACGGAUGAUAUUAAAACAGGAUCUUCAAUCAUGACUGUAUUACAGAACAUAUUACAAGUCAAAAGUGGAGACUUCCUUAUGAUAAAAGAAAAAGCCUUUCAUUCCAUUUUAGAUGAACUUAUUUUUAAGCUUUCAUCUUCAACUUGUCUUGUUAUUGGAAGUGCUGCCAUAAAACUAUUGCUGUUGCUGGCCAGUUCUCAUCCAGAAAUAAUUAUGCUGCUGAAUAGCCGAUAUACAGGACUUAAAAGCAUACUAAAUAAGCAGUGCUCUGGGAAAGAAAUUGACCAAGAAGUUAAACAGCUGUUCAGUCUCUUACAUUCUGAAGUCUGCCACGAAGAUCAGAAAUUUUAUCAAGCAGCUUGCAAGAUCCAGGCUGCAUGGAAGGGUUUCCAGACUAGAAAGAGAAUGAAGAAACUUCCAUAUGCAGUGACUACUUUGCAGAGAAACUUCAGAAAUAAACGAGAAAAACAGCUACUGAAACUAAAGAAGCAGAAAGAAGAAAAGGAUCUCAAGUUACAAUUGCAACUUCAAAGACAAAGAGCCAUGAGAAUAUCCCGGGAAUGUCGGCUAAAUUUGCUAGAAAUAGUCCAUCCAGGUCAGAUGGGAAAAUACAUCCAAGAAAUGGAGGAAAAAUCUGCACUAGUUAUCCAAAAAUACUGGCGGGGAUACAGAGAGAGGAAAAACUUUUGUCAACAAAAGCAGUCUCUACAAGAGUAUAAAGCAGCUGUCAUCCUUCAGAGAGCGGCUCUCACAUUCUUAAGAAAAUGCCAUAAGAGAAAGAAAAUGUCUAAUUCUUGGCAAGGACUCCCAGGACUCACUGAUGCACGUAGAAUGGAACUAAAGCAACAUGUGGACAAUUACAUCAAACGGCACUCUGCCUCUGAAAUGUCACAUGUGGCCAGCAGGGAACUCCACACCGAGGCUCAAGAGCGGCUGGGGCACUACUUCCUAGGGAGGGCUCUAGAAGAGCGAGCGCAACAGCGAAGGGAAGCUUUACAAGCUCAGAUCAGUACCAACAUUGAGCAGCUGAUGAGUGCACCAAAUCUGAGGGAAACUACAGGACAGGAGCCUGAACUCUUCAUAAGCAGAUCUCGGCCUGUGGCCACUAGAGCCAAGCAAGCCCACCUUGCAACACUAAUGGAGAGACAAGCACCUUGGUGGAAGAAACUUGAGGAUGAGGUUGGCGAAGAAGAAGUUAUCCCAAAGGAAACUCUCAGUAUAGAUUUGGGAAGCUUAUUUAUUGGUGGAAGCAAAUCUCCCUAGAAAUUUAGCCAGGGCACUAGUCUUAAAGAGGUCUCAUUAGGACAGUAUUCUGGUGAGAUCUAUCAGCCAUCAUUAUUAGAGAUGCCAGGCUGUGGGUAAUCCUUUGGUCUCCAUGAGUCCCCUUCCUUGAGGCCCUUCAAAUAAGGCUGGUUCUAUAUUUUAAAGAGACUGUUAAUUUUUACCUCUAGAAACUUUUCUCAAUUUUCAUUUCACUUCUCCUUUAUCAUGAAUACCAAGGUGUUUUGGUGACCCUUGCUGUGAAAUUAAACACUAAUUGAUACUGUAUUUAUGUUCAGGGCAGGGCAGUUUUUUUUAAAAGAUUAUACUUUUGUAAUAAUUCUGAAAGAUUUGGCAGAAAGAUCAGUCAUUUUUCAGUUCUGUAAUUUGGAAUUCUUAAUUUUUCAUUAAAAAUAGACAUUAGGAAAAAAUAUUUUCUAAAAUUUUUGUAGAAUGACCACAUAUUUUGAAAUCUCUCUUUUUCCCCCAAAUUAUUGCUUUUUUAUACUUAAUGUUGUAAUAAGGAUUUUAUUUCAUUUCAAUAAGAGCAGGUUUUAGAUCAGAGAAAGGGUUUGUGACUUUUACACUGUUCCCUUUAAGAGGGAAGAACAGAGAGAAGCUGGCUGCCAGCCCUUUAAGGGUACAGCAUAAAACCCAGUGAAGGGAGAAUUCUGGGCUCCUGGUUUCCCUGGCAGUCUCAGGUAACAGGGGUAGUUGUUUUGAGCUUUCUCACUGACAGUGGGUGGCAGUUGAAGUGAAGGAGAGAGAAGAAGGAAAGAUUUGCCAUUAGAGUUCAGAGUUCAGUUACUGAGGGGUUUUCCUCCUCAGUUCUCUAAGGGACAGGUCUGAGACUCUGAAGCCUAUUCUCUGCAAGUACCAGAGUACAACUCUACAAGUACAACUUUCACAAACAGUUGGAUCUUUGGAGUUGAGGGAAAGAGAGGAACUGCAUUCAGUUUCUCUGCGAAAAGAAACUGAUAUUUUGAGUUUUAUAAAUUAUUAUAAGAAGAUAAAGAUUUAUUUUAGUUUAGGAUAAGAUAGAGUAUUUAUCAUCUUUAAUCAGUAAGUGUAGUUAAGUCUGGUCUGCUCUGUGGACAAGAAGAAAAACUCCAUGAGGAGUUAGAUUUGGGGGUGGUUUUUUAUUUAGAUAUUAUAGAAUAAGAUAAAUAGGUUCCUACCUAUUCCUAACUUCUAGUUUCUAUGCUCCUAUUUCCUUUUCCUACCUAAACCAUAAAUAAAUUAGAGGUGGAUUAAACUGCUCCUGGCCUUCCAUCCACUGCCUGCAAUAGGUUACUCCCUGACAACUUUAGUUACUUAAAACAGCUUAUCAAUACUAGUUAAGGUCUCAAUAUACAAGCUAUUAUUUACCUAUAACAAUACUUAAGAGUUCAGGACACAUAGUAGGUUCUCAGCUUAGGAUUUUGACUGAUGAUGUAGCUAGUAAAAUAGCCAGUAAUUUUCCCCACCACACACACACUCUCUAUAUACAUUUGAAAGCCUGUUCUGGGAGACAGUUUGCAUUUCUCUCAGCUACAAAGGGACUUGAAUUCUUGACCUUCCAAGAAGAUCUGUGAGUGUAUAGUGACACCAUUUUAACACUUUUUUUAGCAUUGUCUUUUUUUUAACCUUUACCUUCCGAUUUAGUAUCAAUAUUGUGUACUGAUUCUAAGGCAGAAGAGUGGUAAUGGGUAGGCAAUAGAGAAGUGACUUGCCCAGGGUCACACAGCUAGGACCUCCCAUCUCUAGAUCUGGCUCUCAAUCCAUUGAGCCACCGAGAUGCCCCACUCUACCCAUUUUUUUAACCUACGAAUUUUAGGAAUCACAUUCCUACAGUUUGAACAUGUUUGCCACAGUAAAACUUUGCAUAUUUUUGUAAAACAGAAUUCUAGAUUGAAGAUGAGAUGUAGCACAUUUACUAAGAAAAUAAACUAUUUUGAAAAUAUGUAACUCACAAA